UUUGAUUUCAGUCGAGCCAUAAAGACCAACCAGGAUCUCUUACCCACUACACCUCUAAUGUCACUCUUCAAGAAUGACUUUUGGGGAACACCACUGACACACAGUGGAUCGCACAAGUCCUACAGACCAAUGUGCGUCUUGACGUUUCGCUUCAAUCACUGGCUUGGUGGCUUUGAUCCCUGGGGUUACCACCUUACCAAUGUAUUCCUGCACGCUCUGGCAUCAGCAGCAUUUACCAGACUGGCUGCCCUGGUGUUUCUCAAAAGCAUUAUACCGACUUUAGUAGCAGGUCUGUUGUUUGCUGCACAUCCCAUACAUACUGAAGCUGUGGCAGGUGUCGUUGGCAGGGCUGACGUUGGGGCUUGUCUCUUCUUUCUGCUUUGCAUAAUGUUUUAUUUCAAGUACUGCGAAUACAGAAGUUACCCUGAAUUGUGCUCACGUAGAUGGAUUUACCUGUACGCAUCUUUAACAUGUGCAGCAUGUUCUAUGCUGACGAAAGAACACGGCGUGACUGUACUUGCUGUAUGCGUCAUCUAUGAGGUGCUCAUAUAUCAUAAGAUCGCUUUGAAAGAGCUUAUUGACAUGCCAUUCCAGAAACGGUUCCAGAGUUUGCGAGAGGGACUGCUGCAUUUGGCAGGUACUGGAAUCACCUUACUUGGACUGAGACUGCAUCUUAUGGGUAAUAAGCCUCCUGAUUUCGCACCAGCCGACAAUCCUGCAGCAGACAGUGACAGUCUGUUGACCAGGACAUUAACAUUCUUGUACCUCCCUGUUUUCAACUUCUGGUUACUGCUGUGUCCUCGAUGGUUGAGCUUUGAUUGGUCAAUGGAAGCGAUUCCUCUAAUAAAAUCUCCUUUAGAUAUUCGCAAUAUUGCCAGCAUUGCAUUUUACGGCACUUUGUUAACUUACGCAUAUUGGCUGAUUAAAUCGUACAAUAGGCGGUCUACUAACAGCAGUGCCUUCUACGUAUCAGCUUCGAAUGUCCCGAACUCGCACAUUAACCAUGCAUCUUCGUCGAACUCUGUGGCAACUGCAAAUGGAAAUGGAGCUGGCCAGCUGUGCCCAUGUGUUGACUUCACUCAGAGACUCGCCUUAUCUUUUUCAUCAAAUCCCUCUCAUAAAUCAAGCAGGAAACCAGCAGGAAACAACUCAGCAAACAACAAUUCAGUAUAUGCAAAUGGGCAUCAUCGAGUUUCGAACGGCAAUGGGCACUGUCACAAUGGAUCCAACUCUUCGUACCACAACGGCACUGCAGCCUCAAUGUAUAAUGAUGGUACUUCUGAUAAUUUCAGGUCACAUACAUACGCUCCACCAACUAGGUCAGCUUUCAUUGGCCCAGCUGAUAUUGUGACAUUUGCACUGGCACUGCUUGUUCUUCCUUUCAUUCCUGCCACGAAUCUAUUUUUCUACGUGGGCUUUGUAGUAGCUGAAAGAGUUCUUUAUAUCCCUAGUAUGGGAUUCUGCUUACUCGUGGCUUUGGGAGUAGAUCUUUUAUACAGAAGACAAGAAUCAUACUUUAGGAAGCUAUUAGUGCUAGCUGCCGUAUUUGUUCUCAUGGUAGUCAUGUCAACGAGAACUGUCAUAAGAAAUGGCGACUGGAUGAGCGAAGAAAAUCUUUACAGAUCUGGUAUAUCAGUUAAUCCUCCAAAAGCUUACGGAAAUUUAGCGAACAUCUUGAGUAGCAGAGGUCAGAAAGAAGAGGCAGAAUGGGCUUAUAAGAAAGCACUCAGCUACCGUGCUAACAUGGCUGAUGUUAGAUACAAUUUGGGGAUACUACUUCAAGAACAAGGUCGAUAUGAAGAAGCACUGUUUAGUUAUAAACUAGCCAUACAGUUCAGACCGCGUCUAGCGAUGGCACAUUUGAACAUGGGUCUGGUACUUGGAGUUCUGGGAAGAAAAGAAGAAGCUGCAGAGGUUUAUAGACACUGUGCAGAAUUAGACAGUGCUGGUCUUAAAGAUCCCAAAAUGCACGAAAGUACUCGCAUAUCGGCUCUUUUCAACUUAGGAAGGCUGUAUGCUGAUGAAGGAAAAUACGAGGAGGCAGUGGAAGUGUAUCAU